AUGGCAGAGUCGGAAGUUGUGGAGUUGGAUUUAACAAUCGAUGAUCUAGUUCCAAAAAGUCCUGAAAGACUAGCCGAAGAAAAAAAGGAAAGUGGAAACCAUUUGUACAAAUUUAAAAACUAUAAGGGUGCACUAGCAAUGUAUGAAGAAGCUGUAAAAUUGUGUCCUGAUAACGCAUCAUAUUAUGGAAAUAGAUCAGCUUGCUACAUGAUGCUGGGCUUGUACAAAAAAGCUUUAGAGGAUGCUCAAAAGGCUGUUGCAUUAGAUCCAACAUUUACCAAAGGCUAUAUUCGUGUGACUAAAUGUUGUAUAGCUUUAGGUGAUCUAUCUGGAGGAGAGCAAGCAGCUCAGCGCGCCAGUGAACUCGGCGGACCUGACUGUGUGACCAGUGAGCGUAGAGCGUUGGAAUCUCUUCGUAGAUUACAUGAGGAUGCACAACGUGCUAUGGAUGCGGGAGACUAUCGCCGUGUUGUAUUCUGCAUGGAUCGUUGCCUGGAUUACAGUCCUUCGUGCAACAAAGCAAAACUUAUAAAAGCAGAAUGUUUGGCAAUGAUUGGACGCUGCCAAGAGGCUCAGGAAAUUGCCAAUGACUGCCUUAGAUCAGACAGUUUUGACACAGAAGCCAUCUUUGUGCGUGGACUAUGUUUGUAUUUUGAGGAUAAGGACGAGCAAGCGUUCAAGCACUUCCAACAAGUACUUCGACUGGCUCCAGAUCACAAAAAAGCUAUUGAAGUAUACAAGAAAGCAAAACUAUUGAAACAGAAGAAGGAAGAAGGUAAUGAGGCUUUUAAAAUGGGUCGAUGGCAACAAGCCCUUAACCUCUACAAUGAAGCACUAACAAUUGACAAAACCAACAGAACUGUAAAUGCAAAAUUAUAUUUCAACAAAGCAACUGUAUGUGCUAAGCUGAAUCAAAUCAAGGAUGCAGCGGAAGCCUGUACAGCAGCUUUGGAAUUAGAUGAAAACUAUGUGAAAGCUCUCCUUCGACGUGCCAAGUGCUACACAGAACUUGGGGAAUAUGAAGAAGCGGUCAAGGAUUACGAGAGACUGUAUAAAAUCGAUAAAAGCAAAGAGAACAAGCAACUGUUGCAUGAGGCCAAGUUAGCUCUUAAGAAAUCCAAACGCAAAGAUUAUUAUAAAAUUCUCGGUAUUGAGAAAACCGCUUCGGAAGAUGAUAUCAAAAAAGCUUACAGGAAGCGUGCUCUGGUGCACCACCCGGACCGGCACGCGGGCGCGCCGGAGGGCGAGCGGCGCGAGCAGGAGCGCCGCUUCAAGGAGGUGGGCGAGGCGUACGGCGUGCUCAGCGACCCCAAGAAGCGCGCGCGCUACGACCACGGACACGACCUCGACGACGGCUGCGGCGGCGCCGAUAUCGAUCCUAACGUCGUGUUCCAGACGUUCUUUAACCGCGGUCAACAUUGUGAUUUCACGGGAGGAUUCUCUGGUUCUGCAUUUCACUUCCAAUUUGGUUAA